AAGCCCGAUUCCAUCACUAAAUAUUGCACAAAAAAAAACGUUAUUGCGAAAAAAAUAUAUCUCACAAUUUUCCCGCAUUUGCGGAUUUAUAAAAGUCGCAAUAAACCUUUUAUUUUUUAUUCCGUUUAUUAAAACGGGCGUCCAUACGGAGCUGCUGAGACUUUUAUUCUCCAGGUCACACGAACCUUAAAGCCUCUUAAGCCCUUUUAAGCACCAUGGACAAGGUCACUGUAGUACUGAGAAUCUUGAUGUCCAAUAAGAAUGUACAGCUGAAAUUCAGCAAUGCAAAUCUCCUGCCAGGCCCAUUUAGAAAGAGAAGCUUUGGGAGUACCUUUCUCACAAGAUACAGAGUGAUCUUUGUGACAAAGGAAAAAGAGGCUUUGCGGUCAUUCAUGAUGCCGUUCUACCUGAUGAAUGGCUGUGUGGUCAAACAACCUGUGUUUGGAGCCAACUACAUCAAGGGUACUGUCAGUGCUGAACCAGGAGGUAACAACAUCAUCAGUGGUUGGGAAGGUUCUGCAACCUUCAAACUCAUCUUUGUCUCUGGUGGAGCUAUUGAGUUCGGACGGGCCAUGAGGCAAUUGGCUUCACAGGCCUUCAGGACCCAGUCUUUGACCGGUCUAUACAUGGGUAAUGGUGCAUACGCCUACCCACCCCCUCCUCCUUCAGCCAAUGGCAUCUACUCCACCGGACCACCUACUCCUGGCUACUCAUACCCUUCUCCUUCACCCCCAGGUGCAUUCUAUUCUAAUAGGCAGGGUUUUGAUGAAGCCGAAGCCUACGACCCGCCUCCACCUUAUUCUGCUUCGGUGGCCCAAGCCCCUCUAGACCCUGUCCUACCAUGUACAUCUGCAUGUCCAUAUCACAGCAGCCAGAGAACUGCACGGAUCCCACAGCAAGAACCAUGUAUAGUUUCCUGAUGCACAUGAAUUAUCUGGAUUAUGGAUGAGCAUUUAUAAAAUAAAGGAAAUGUGCAGAAUAAAGGAAAUCCUCAACAAUUAUCAAAAAUUAAACAUACCUGAUUUUGAGUUUCUUAUAAUCUAAUCAAGUGUAAAUGUGACAUUGUUAUUAGUGAAUGAAUGUACUCUUUCACUCUCUCUCUCUUUCUUUUCAUUUCUGUUAUCGAGGUCACACAAACUUCAAAAAUCCAAUAUGCCUCAUACAAAACCUUUCACCUGACACACAAAUGCAUCUCUACAUCCUCUGUAACUUGCCAUGUAUAAAUAUUAACUCCCUCACAAUACUUUUGAUACAAUUUGGAAUUGACAAUGUUUUACCUUUGAUUUUUACAAAAUGUUUUUAUUAUGAGAAAUGUUAAUUAAAAACAUUUCUCUGGA